AUGAACCAGACAGAAGCAGCAUUGGAGAAGUCGGCCGCCCAUCAUGUGGAGGAUCUCCUAGGAGCUGGGGCAAUCUUUGAGGCCAGACAGGCCACGGCCGAUGAGCAUGAACAGUCCCUAUGGCAGGCCUUGCGAGCCAAUCGCAAGGCCGUCCUGUGGUCCGUCUUGGUCUCCAUGUCGAUCAUCAUGGAGGGAUAUGAUACGAUCCUGAUGGGCAAUUUCUUCGCCUAUCCACGUUUCCGGGAAAAGUACGGGGAAUACACUGGAGAGGAACAUGGCUGGCAAGUGUCUGCACCUUGGCAGACUGGACUGAGCAUGGCCAGUACGGUCGGUUGUAUCUUUGGUGGGCUUCUCAACGGCUACUUUGCCAGCAAGGUCGGCUAUCGUAAAGUGAUGAUGGUCGCGUUGGCCUUUUUAACUGCAUUCAUCUUCGUCGUCUUUUUCGCCAACUCCGUCGCUGUCUUGCUCGUGGGUCAGAUUCUCUGCGGUCUCUCAUGGGGUGUGUUUGCCACCGUCGGACCGGCCUACGCAUCCGAGGUUUGCCCGACCAACUUGCGUGGCUACCUCACUGUCUACGUCAACAUGUGCUGGGCUAUCGGUCAACUCAUUGCAUCCGGUGUCCUCUAUGGUCUCGUGGAUCGCCCCGACCAGUGGUCUUACCGUAUCCCCUUCGCGUUGCAAUGGAUCUGGCCGCUUCCCCUGAUGGUCGUCUGCUGGCUCGCUCCCGAGAGCCCGUGGUUUUUGGUACGCAAGGACCGUCUGGAGGAGGCCAAACAAAGCAUUCGCCGUCUCGGGGGAGACAAGACCGAGGACCAAAUCAAUGGGCAACUUGCAAUGCUUGUCCAUACGACCAAGAUCGAGGCAGAGAUCGAAGCGGGUACCUCUUACUGGGAUUGUUUCAAGGGAGUCGAUUUGCGUCGCACGGAGAUUUGCUGCAUGGCUUUUGUUGGCCAGAUCUUGUCGGGCAGUACGUUCGCAUACUCUCCCACAUACUUCUUUGAGCAGGCCGGAAUGGACCCGGGCAAGGCGUUCCAGCUCGGUGUGGGCUGUACCGGAGUCGCAUUUAUGGGCACCGCGCUUUCUUGGUGGCUGAUCACCUACUGCGGUCGCCGGGCCCUGUACGUUUCCGGCCAGGGCAUCCUCUGUGUGUUUCUCUUCCUCAUCGCCAUCAUCAAUUCGGCUUCCCACACCACCGAUGCCAUGUGGACACAGGCGUCUUUCUGCUUCCUCUGGCUCUUUGUCUACUCCCUCACCGUGGGUCCCAUCACCUAUGCAAUUGUCUCGGAGAUCUCUUCGGUGCGACUGCGUCCCUUGACCGUCUCCCUGGCACGCUCGGCAUACCAGGUGAUCAACGUUGUUUCACAAGUCCUGGAGCCCUACUUCAUGAACCCAACGGCCUGGAAUGCAUCCGGUAAGACUGGGUUCUUCUGGGGCGCCACUGCUCUGCUGGCAUUCAUUUGGGCAUUCUUCCGUCUGCCCGAGCCCAAGGACCGCACCUAUGCCGAGCUAGAUAUCCUGUUUGCCACCAAGACCCCUGCCCGAAAGUUCGCAACCACAAAGGUCGAUCUCUACGAGGUUGGCGAGUCUUCUUCGCAGACGGGUCUGGUACAGCGCCAGGCUGUGCAAGAGGUGAAGGAGUAA